ACCCCGCCCCAGCACUCCCUCUCUCUUCUCCACUAUGGACAGAGCUUCCACCCAACUAGCAGCUGCCAGCCCACAACGACCCAGCUGACAUGGGGAUCUUCGGAGCGAUGCAGCUGUGCUGGAUGAUCCUCUGCUUCCUCCUGCUCCAAGGCUACAACUCCCAGCCCACAACAGCACAGCCAUCUGGCCCUCAGGGAACCUUCAGCAGUCUCAGUCUGACCACAGAGCCAACUUCUCCCAACACAGGAAAUAGUCUUUCCUCAGAGCCCAUCUAUUCAAGCCCUCCGUGCAGCACCAGUACCCCAGCAGCGCCAGAGGCCUCACGGACCCCUGUGCUAGCCAGUGAAUCCACGACGUCAAGGUCAAGCACCAUGGAUAGCCACGCCUCAUCCCUGCUAGACCUGACUCAGCCUGAGCCACAGAAGCACACGUCAGGACUUGGCACAGGUGUCCCAAGCAGCAACAGCAGCAGUGGCAGCACAAGUGAAGACACCUCUCAAAAUGUUACUCCCAAAUCAGCGACCAUGAGCCUGAGGACAAGAGAAGACUUGACCAUCCUGCCCAGUCCCACGUCAGAGACAGUGCUCACUGUGGCUGCGUUUGGUGUUAUCAGCUUCAUUGUUAUCCUGGUGGUCGUGGUGAUCGUCCUAGUCAGUGUGGUCAGUCUAAGGUUUAAGUGUCGGAAGAACAAAGAGUCUGAAGAUCCCCAGAAACCAGGAAGUUCCGGGAUAUCUGAAAGCUGCUCCACAGCCAAUGGAGAGAAAGACAGCAUCACCCUCAUCUCCAUGAAGAAUAUUAACAUGAAUAACAGCAAAGGAUGCUCUUCAGCAGAGAAGGUUCUUUAGAAGCAACUUUGGGUCCCCAUGAAGCCAAGAGCGAUGCAGUUGACCAGGGACUAAAAGGAGAACAGCAAUGGGAUCAGCACGGCAUUGUAAAUUAUUUAAUUGAGUCACAUCUACUCCGAGGUCUAGAGGAUACUGGCAUUCUUCCAGAUUGGGAGCAACCUAGCAAUAUGAGGGACUCCCAGGUGAAAUACAGCCUGCUCCUCCCACCUCCUCAAAGUCACAGGAAGGAGGUACAGAACAAGAGCAAGGAAACAAGAGCGUACAGAACAAGAGCAAGGAAAACGACAAAGUGGACUACUUUGCAUUAAAAUUAUUUUCUGGCCUGCUGUCUACUUUCUUUUAAGUUCUACGCCUCCAUGUGCUUUUCUUAGCUACUUUGGAAACUUCUUUCUUUUUUUUUCCCAAAGAUUUAUUUAUGCAUACAAGAACUGGGGUACAGACCAGAGGUGUGGGGUGGGGGGUAAGAGGACCCACCAGAGACAGAGCAGGGAACAGAACAGGCAGAUUGACUGAAAUACACUGCUGAGGGGAGCAGUGGGUGAGUCAGGAGAGGUCUGCCGCGCCAUGUGGGUAGUUCCCUGGCCAGCCAGGGUAUGGAACUGGUGCUGCAGAGGCUGCGGAUAGCUUCACAGUGCUGUGCUCCCCUUGUGCUACCAGGGAGGCCCGGAACCUUCUUCCUUAGGCAAGGCAUAUAUGCAACUUUCUACUUCCAUGGGGAGCUCUCUGAGAAACCUGGGAGGUGGGGGAGACAUUUUGUUGGGCGGGCCUUGGGUCACCUGAUUUAUUAAGUAGGACCGAGGUGACUAAGCACCGCAACAGAGUGGGGCAAAAAGGACCUGUCAACAGUGACUGAUGAUCACUGCUAAAAAAGUUUGAAGUUUGGAGAUGAAGAACAUGGAACAACAGUUUCUGGCGAGGAAAUGCCAGUUGUGAGUGCUGAAUAAUAUGAGGGCUGAAUAAUAUGAGGGCAAGUCUGCCUGCUCCAGGCAGACCCACACUCUUUGUUCCUGGCCAUGGGAGUAUCACUGGGAAGGUUUGGAGCAAGCACGGGUCUAUGAUUUCACAAUCAAAAACCCACCCACUUGACCCCACGAAGUUAUUUCUGUGCUAGAACAGAAAAAAAGGAACUAGGUACUUUGGAACAUUUUUAAAACCUACUAUAAAGUCACUUAAAGGGGAGGAAGAAAAGAAAGAAGUUACCUGUAUUUUUAGUAAUCGGCAUCUCUGUUAUGACUGGUUUGGAAAUGUAUCCUGGCUGGCAGGAGUCAUCUGUGUAUGUCUGUAUAGGGUGUUCAAUUCCA